AUGAGUUCUUUAAAACUUUCCUCAACAAUUGAGGCUCGUCACAAAUGCCGGUGUUGCACACAACCUGCUGUAAAUUCUAUUAAACUGGAGACGUUUGUGAACAAUUGUGGGGAUAUGGAAAAAACCUACAGGGAAAUUGUUAAUGAAAUCACUAAUUUCGAUGUACUGCGAAUACCGCCGUGUAAAGAGCAUAUUUUGCCUCAACAAAUAUGCAUGGAAUGUGGUACACAAAUUGUCAAUUCCUAUAAAUUUAUACAACAGGCCUGUAAAGUUACUGAGCUAUAUCUAAGACUGGGAGAAGAGCAGAAUACUCAAGAUGAUUUUAAAAGUUUACAAGAAACACUUAUGGAAAUAACAGAAAAACCUACAGUAGAGGAUGAUUACAAAGAAAUCAAAAUAGAACCUAUAAACAUUGAAUUCAUCGAAUUAACUAAUGCAGAGACAGACGAUAGUGAACCAGACAAUGGGGAUAGAGAAUUUGACAACUGCAAAGAAAACUCCUCUGAAGAAGACAGCGAUGAGCCAGAAUCACUAAAUGAUUACGAUCUUUCUGCAGAACCUACACUUAGACGCUGUGACAUUUGCUUUAAGAUAUACAAAAACGAACAUACUCUUAAAAUACACAAACGUUACAUUCACAUGCCGGAGGAAGAUAAAAUUUCCUGUCCCCUAUGUAUUUACAAAGCCAGUAGAUCAUCAGCAUUAAAGGCUCACAUGGGCUUAGAGCAUGGCAUGGAUAAAGUAUGUGAAUAUUUUAAGCCUGUUGUGAAAGAAAAAGCUAGAAAGUAUUCUUGUAAUUUAUGUUCAAAUUCCUAUGUACGCAAAUACAGUCUCCGCAAUCAUAUUCGUAGAAAACAUGUAGAAAAAACGCCAGAAGAUGAAAUUAAAACGGAAAACAUCAUUUCAAAAGCAGAAAAACCAAAAGAAAAAGAACGUUUUCUUUGUACCUACUGUGGAAAGUCGUACAGUUUUAAAAAUAGCCUAAAAUCUCAUAUACGUACACAUACGGGCGAAAGACCAUUUGCCUGUGAUAUUUGUAAUAAAACCUUCAGACGUUCAAUUGGACUAACAAUGCAUCGGGUAAUACACAGUGAUGAGAAACCUCAUAAAUGCCAUGUAUGCGGCAAAGGUUUUAAAAUAAUGGGUAAAUUAAAAUUUCAUAUGCGAGUCCAUUCGGAAUUGAGACCUUUUAAAUGUAGUCAAUGUGAAAAGUCUUUUAAGUACGCCAGCGUUUUAAAAUCACACAUGUAUAUGCAUACAGGAGAAUUGCCGUUUGCUUGUAAAACCUGUGGGGACGCGUUUGCAUUAAGGACUUCAUUAAAUUAUCACUGUUUAAAAAAUGCUCAUGAGAAGUAAAAUAUGUAACAAAAUAAAUAAAAUGCGAUUUUUAGAACAAAA